AUGCCGAAACAAGAAUUUGAAUUUAUCGAUUAUCUUGGACCAUUAGCUGUAUCUGUAUGUUUUGUUAUAGCACUAUUUAUUUUAUCAGCUAUUAUUAAUUUCAUUUGGAUAACAAAAAAUGACGAUCGAACAGUUUUUGAAAAAUUUGGCUCAACGUUUGAUCUUCGAUGUGGUGUGCAUCGAAUGCGGCAUAGGCCAAAUAAGUCAUGGAAACGAGUUCAGUUAAUUGAUAAUCAAGAUGUAUAA